AACUUGUUAUCAUCUGUCGACGGGUGUUUAUAGUCGUUCGUAAACUUCGAAACUGCGAGGUAGCGUUGUGUGUAGUUUUUUUCAUCUUAUUUCAUACAUUUAGUUCGUUUUAUUUCAAUUAACGCAGUUUUAAUUUGUUAAUAAAUUUUUUGCCUUAUUUCGCGAGCUUUAGAAUUCAAGUAUUUUGUGAAACAGUCGGAGAACGAGUUUUAACCGGUUGCAAGUGAAUUGAACGGGUUUAGGAAUCAGUUACCGAUGAUUACUAUAAAUUCUAAUGGAAUGAACAAUUGAGCUAUAUAAGUCGCAGAUUUGAAAUAUCGAGAGAAAGAUGUAUAAUCUGAACGAUAUGAGCUGUGCUCCAGGAGCCGAGUUCGAUAGAUUAUCGGUAUCGCAAGGAGAUAACACGACGACGCCUAAAACUCCGGAAAUUAUUAAUUCCAUAAUGGCUCUGACGAAUCCGUUCGAAUAUGUUAGAGGAGGCAGCGGCAGAGCAGAAGAUAAGAUAUUAUCGCCCUCCGAGUACGCAUCAGCCGACACUUGCAGCAGUACCAGCAGCAAUGUUGACUCACCUACAUCCCCGCCUAGGGUGCAAAGCAUGUGUUCUCAACUGAUUAAAGAAGAAUUGAAAUUAACGUUGCAGAAAAAAAGACAGAAUACUUUGUCUUCCAGCGAAAACGAUUCGAAUGCUAGUACUCCGGUCAAUUCUAUCGGGAUCGGCGCGAUAGCCGAUAAAUUCGCACAUCGGAAUGACGAAAGUAGCUUUGACGAUGAAGACGACAGCAGCAUGAAUGGUGAUUUCAACGGAAGUUUGUGUGGUCUAACGCCGGAAGAUGAAGAAAGACGACGACGAAGACGAGAAAGAAAUAAAAUAGCAGCAACUAAGUGUCGUCAGAAGAAAAGAGAAAAAACUAACCACCUAGUCCACGAAUCGGAAGAACUAGAAGAUCAAAAUCAAAAGCUGAGAUCACAAAUACAAGAACUAGAAGUACAGAAAAGAAGUCUGAUGGGUAUGCUGACGUAUCACAAACCAACAUGCAUGAAACCGUCACCUGAACAGUCACCUGUUGUUGAUUACCAACAGCCGCCAUUAUUUUCAAAUUCCACCAAUUACCAGCCAUCGGCCUCGUUCAUCAGAAACGAUGAUAAUAAAUUAAACGAUCAAAGAUCUGCAUUGGUUUGUCAGGAAACUGCUAUAAUUCCUGAUUUACAUCACUUGGAUACGUUCGAUUUCCAAGAUGUUCUCAAAAAUCCUUCGGUUAUGUUGAGUACCACUGAUAAUCAAUACAACGAUCAUUCUACGCUUAAAAAUAAAUAUAACAAUAAUAAUUAUAAGAACGCGGAUAAAUGUUUUCCGAUCAGACACAGUAUGUCUAUAAACGCGAAUAAUUAUAAAAAUAACGGCGCUACUCAACUACCGAAUUAUAAUUUUUUAGACGAUCCGAUGAGCCAAGAUCAUUUUGAUAGUCUUCAUUUUAACAAUACUGGAAACGGUUGUAUUGUUUAAAAUUUUCGAUGCGUACUUGUAAUAUUUACUUUUGCCGGGAUUUUUAAGGUAUUAUGAGAAAUUUAAAACAAAAUUUUAAAUUCAUUACCUACCAAAGCUUUUAGAAAUUCUAUCAUUUUUAUAAAUGUAUUUCAUUCGCUCACAUUCCGUUGUAAAAAUUAUUAUUUUUUAUGUUUUUUAGAACUAAAAGAGUUUCCCUUUAAGUCUAUUUAGUUCCUGCAAUGAAUAAAAAUACUCGUUGUUUAUGUUAAUCGUGUGAAUAAAGUUGUAUGCUUUCAAAAUAAAAUGCCGGGAUAAUAUUCGCAUUUGGAUAAAUUUUCACAUUUUUGAUUAUUUUCUUUUUUUAAAUUGACGGAUGUAGAUUUGGGUAUUCCUAUUCCAGAUCUCUUUCAUUGAUAAUGUUAUCAAGUGGUACAUUUGGGAUUAGACCUAGUUUUCCUUUUUUUUUCUUACCUAUUUUCUUUUCUUUCUUAAAAAAAAAUAAGUACGCGAAUGAGGUUGUUGCAUUUCAUACUUUUACCGUUUACAUAAUAUCUAAGUUAAGCCGAAAUGUUUAUGUCGGCACCAUUAUUAUGUAGUUUUGUCCAAUAAGAUUUGCGAGCCGGUAAUUUAAGUUCAACAGUGUUUUUUUUUUUUUUACAAUUAGGAAGACAAGGAAAAAAUUGACCUAGGAUAUUUAUAUUUUCUAAUGUUUCUUUGUUUUUUGUUUUUUUUUCUUGCAACAAAAUGCAAAUACAAAUCCUUUGUCUUUUGUGUCCUCUACAAGCGGAAAAAUGUUUUUCACUCUCGUUUUGAGUUGAGACUUUUUUGAAUUAUUUGCAUUUAAAGAAAAAUCCCUUUUGAGAAUUUAUUUAUGCGAUGUAAAAUUUAAAUCGCUUGUUGCUGAAAAGCAAAAAGAGUUAAAAUAAAUAAAGAAGGUUACUCAAAAAAAUAAAGAUUGAAUCGGAACAAAAAGAAAUGAAAAAUAAGUAGGUAUUCAGGAGGGACGUAAACCAAAUUUCAAUACCUUACGUUAUUGAUUUAAAAAAAGUUAUCCCAAUAGGUCCAUAAACUUUUUUGAAACAUUUUUCAAAUCUUUUUUGGAACUUCCUCUACCUCGUCUCCGAAUUUUAGGUUUAUUGGUUUUCCCUGAUAUAUUCAUCAUAAGAUUAUAAAAAAUGACGAGUUUCAUUAUUUUAUGCAACUCGUGUUCUUUCAAAAUGAAUUUUCGUGAUUUUGGGUAUUUUAUUAUUACAAAUUUUAUUUUUACCUAUUUUUUUUUCAAGACGGUUCUUCGUGUCAUUUAAGUAGUAUCUGUCAAACCGCAGGCGCAAAACACAUCGUCUUCGAACUCCGCAACCUUGCAGCUCUUCUGGGUAGGAAGUUGAAUAUACCAAAAUUCUACCAUCUUCAGGUUUUCUGUAGGCCGUUUCUCAGUAUAGUUGAAUUGAAACCAAUUAAUUGAAAAAAAUGUCUGCGUACGAAUACAAACAUAGCGGUAUCAAUAUUAUGAAUAUUAAAAUCAUCAUAAUAAUUUUCUUUUGAAUUAUUCCCUGAAAAAUUCAGGUAUGAAACAAAAUGACAAAAUUCAUAUUUCAGUCAGUGCAAUACACAAAUUAAGAGAACAACAUGAAGAACCACCUGUAUAUGUAUUCGUUUCAUUACUUACCUUUUUGUUUAAAAGUUGAAAUCCUACUUACCUAGGUACCUAACUAAAAUUAUGCUGGUUCGCUGGUUAAUUGCUUUGUUCUUGAUUCUUCUGACAUAUUACAUUUUUUAAUGUUUAUAUACAAGCAUUGAUUUUAAAUCUGUAGAUUACACUAAUUUUUGUUACAGUUAUUGUAUUGUUCUUCAUUUAUAUGCAAGUACAUAUCUAUACGUUUAAGCAGUUGCAUGUUGAAUGUUACGUACCUAAGUAUUUUGUUGAAUUUAUUACCCAAUGUUGUUUUUUUGUUAAUUUUUUAUGUAACGAUUUAUUACGACUAUUUUAAUGUACUUGUUAAUUUUACAUUGUUUUUUUUCGAUAUUUCUAUAAAAAUACAAUUACCGACCUACCAUAA